AUGAAACCCCUCAGUGAGCUUAAAGGUGGCUCAGACGAGUGGACUACCUGUUCUACCCCUACUCAAGAAAAAGUUUUCGCCAGGCUCUACGCGGCCAGACACCACCAAAAUCACAGGCCCAAGUCUACCAGCACCUCGAGUUCUUCGACAAACGUUGCCGAACCUAGCACUACGCCUCCAACUUCGGUAGAUGGUGAUGCUUACCCCUUUGGCUCAAGAAGUAAUCGCGAAGCUGAGUCGAUGGAGAACGUUACGAAGCCUCUUUUUCCUCUGGACGCGCAUCAAAAUAUUAUUUUCAUCUAUCCCAGCUCGGUAAAUACGAGAAAUGUCCAUCAUAUGCCAGUGGACCCUGCGCAUGGCCUCGUUUUCUCUUCGACUGUCGCUGCGCAAGGCAAACGCCACUAUAACUUUUAUUACAAGGAUUCGGUCAAACCCCUGUACUCUUAUCGUAGGCAUCCUAUCACACCAUAUGCUAUAUCACAGUGGGUUUCCGUCGUGUUUUCCUGGAGGGCACCUUUGUGCCUUCGUGUAUGGUGUGGCUCGAAAUCGAAAAGGGAUACAUGUAUGGAAGAAAUGCUGGACAUUCUCUUCCGUCCAUCCACCAGGUUGAUCUGGCUCGACAUCGACUUGGAUCUCAAUAGUGAAACCGCAGAACAUUUUAUCUCCAGCACGGAAAUAACGGAACACGCUAACAGUGUCAUACGUGUCAGGUUGGAAACUACGAAAUGCUCCACCGGAGCUGCAUUCAAGCUCUUAACCAGGAUUCAAGGUCUACCCAACGUGAAAGAGUUGACGUACGGGUAUGAACUCAAUGACCCCGUUUCGCUUCACUUCAGAAGGGGCUACCUUUACUCGAUGUUGCUUUGGUCGAAACUCAACAUUAUUGACGUUGCAGGAGAACUGGAUGAAAUCAAUUGCAUCAUGCUACUUUCACGAUGUGUUCAGGCGUCAAGUAUUACUCUUCGGUCCUUGGUCAACCGCGAUGAGAACCUGAACGUUGUGCAAAACAGAACCCUUGCUCUAGAUUUUUAUUCUCUCUGCGCCAACAUCCCGCCUCUCAAGUUAUCUUAUCGGCGGUCCAAUGCACACACGGGGGAAACUUCUUUCCAUACUGAACUUCCUGCGCUCAAAACAUUGAUUUUAGUUCCUUCCCAUUUCGAUACCGUCGAUGUUUUGAAGCAUUUUUCUUUUCCUACACUAGAGAAACUUGGCCUCGACAUUGUACUUUCUGCAAAUUCAAACUCGCUGAACGACCUGCAUGCCCUCCUCUUGCGUUCAAGAGCCCCGCUUAUGGAGUUGAAUCUCUACGAUAUGUUCGUUGGCCCGCAAGCUAUCGUAAAGCUUCUUAUUGCAGUGUUUGUAGGAACUUUAUCGGCUCCUAUGCUAGAAAGGGACACUGAGUUACAUGCUCGUCGAUGGAUACGUCGUACGGCGAAGAACUUCAACAUCCACUUCCUUUCUGUCUUGGAGCCAGGAAAGAGACGGGAAUCAAUCCCACACGAGGCUAUUUAUAGGAGGCACUGGAAGGAAGAACUUGAAGUUGCCUUGGCCGACAUGCCUUUUAAACAGUGGUGCGAAACAGUGAUACCCAACAUAUACAUCACCGCUACGGCGUAUGGGCCACUCAUUAUGAACGUUGGAUGGGGAGAGAAGAGAAGUCCUUAA